AUGGAGAAGCUUCAUUCAAAAGUCGCACCUCUUGAGGCUCCUGCCUCCAAGUGGAACAAAAAACAGGCCCUUCGGCAUAUAAUCAUGCAUAUCGCUGCGGUAACCGCAGUUGUGCUCCUCAUUUUACGGGUCGCAAAAUCAACCAAACCCUCAUCUCCUGAGCACCACUAUCAUACGAGUACUUGCUCCAAGAACGUGCUGUCUGCUUUUCAAGAUGCCGAGCAUAGCACUGUCACCAUCAAUACCAAUCCUCUGGAUCCAUUCGAGAAUGCAAAGCUCUCAGCAAUCAACAAGACUGCAUACGAAUGUUGGCAAUUCGAUGCCGUAUCUCCCGAAGGCACCCAGGGUGUAGGAAUCUACUUCUGCAGAGACCCUGCAUUCCUUGGACUUCACAAGGGGGUAACAAUGCUGGAGUUUAUGGCUACCUGGGCCAAUGGUACGGAAUACAAUACGGUCCUCUUCGCUAAUCAGUCCACCAUCGAAACUUGCGAUGAAUAUACCACUGGGAAAUGGACCGGCCAGGGUUUGGAUUUGGAAUUCAAGAUCACAAAGUAUUUGACCCAGGCUGAGAUCUUCCUUUCAUCGCCCCAGAUUUCGGGAUAUCUCACGCUGCAUUCGACAUCACCUGCUCAUUAUCCAGAUGGCACUCUGUAUCCUUCGUUUGAUGCAUCUGUUUCUCUCGCACCACAUUACAAUGUAGGUUACCCUCUUUCCUCAUCAUAUCCUGUUGAAAUGCUAAGUACUCACCUAGUGGGUUGAUCCAUUCCCCUCAGCCAGAGCAAACGCACACCUCAAAAUCAACAAUGAAAACUUCGAGAUCUCCCACGGCUCCGGGGGCCACGAUCACAUCUUCGCCGCCUUCCAAUGGGCCCAAAUAGCCAAGUAUUGGUACUCAAUGCGCUUCGUUACAGGUCCUUACACACUUCGAUACUACGAAUACCAGUCCCGCGUCGAUGGGAAAUACUACGUUUCUGCAUACCUCUCGGAGUAUGGCAGACAAAUAUUUUCCACCACCUACGGACCCGAGAACACUUCUGGAAAAUUCGCUGUUUUGAGACCAUAUGAGGUAUGACGCCCUCUUUUUAUUUUUGACUUUCUUUCGCGAGGUUGCUUUACUGACGAAUGUUUUUGAAAGGGCGCGGGAAUUCACGGUGCUCACAGUGACCAAAGUACCGGAUGGGAGGUAUCUCUUGUGGAUGUCGAAGCGGAUCAGGAAUGGUAUUUCAUUGAGAAGCACAGAAACAUUUUGUAUCAAGGUCCUCCUUCCUCGAAAGAUCAGAGGAUCGAGUACGACAGAUUUGUGGGCACGACUACGGGGGGUAGUUCUGGUGGGGAGCAGUACCAGGGUGUUGCGAUUGGAGAGCAGGUCGCCAUUAGAGAUCCCUCGUAA